GGUGCCAAGAUCAAGGUCCGAUCAUAGUUUAGGAAGGGCUGGGCCCAGGGGAGUCCCAGUAGUCACGGAAGUGAAAGCGCGGGAGAGACAUUGAGAGUGUGUGCGCAGAGGGUGUGUGCUCCCCGUAAGCCCCAUAGACGUGGCAGCUCCGGGUAGGGGCCAAGCUGGGGUGGCAGGCUCUUCUUCGCAGGGCUGGCCACGAGUCCCAGGAAGCCUUGCACCAGGCGGACAAUGCACCAGGCUGGCCACCAUCCCUGGCCUUCUCCAGCUGUGAACGGCUCAGGGGGGCAGGAGCCCCAGAGGCAACUCCCAGAGGUGCCAGGUGGGGCCUGGGAACCACCGCAAGGGGAUGGGCUGCCCCUGCUCACCGUCAUUGUCGCUGCCUUUGUCCUGAUGGCUGUCUGUAUUGUGGUGGCAGUUCACUUUGGGCCAAGACUACAUCAGGGCCGUGCCACUCUCCCCACAGAGCCACCAGCCCCAAAGCCGGAAGACGGCAUCUACCUCAUCCACUGGCGAGUGCUGGGCCCCCAGGACAGUCAUGAAGAUGCCCAGCGGGAGCCUCCUGUCCCUGGCUCCUGCCCUGUGCCAGAUGGGCCUAGGCUCAGCAUUGAUGAAGUCACAUGUCUGUAGGAGGGAGACUUUGAAAAGUUGGACGGACCUGGCUCAGAACAAGAAACCAGACAGAGAAUUAGGGCACAAGCAAAUUGGGGCCUGGACAUCAGAGCUUUGGAAAAGCACACAUGGACUCAGCUGGAGCUGCUCUCUCUGCAGAAUAUUUAUAGAGAAAACGCUGAUGUGGACAGAAGAAAUAAAAGAAGCUUGAGGGCUUUGCCUGGAAACACGCUCCUGUGAGCAUUGCUAGGGCCCAAAGCUGCCCUUACAAAGUGACUCCCUGCUUUUCAGGGACCAUCAGAUCCCUGACCCUCCUUUACCAAGUCCUUACCUCCUCCUCUCACCCCUAAUCUCCUUUGCUUUUGGUGUCAACAUGAGUCCAGCUUGCAAGAUUCCCCCACCCACCCCACCCCUGUGCAGGGAUCUCAGAGUCUCCCUGUAGAGGCCCUGCCCCCAAAGCCCCCAGGUCCUGUGAGGGCUAGUCAGGGAGAGCCACGGCAAAGAACCCAGGGGUCUGCCUUCUCUGGUACUCAGGAAGAGAAGGAAAAUCUGUUGCCCUUCACCAAUUGGAAGACAUCCCUUUGGCUGUUGGAGCUUAUGCCUCGUCAGCAACGUCCAAGGCCCUUGUAAAGCCCCAAGCACCAAUUAUAGCUCCCCACAUUGCUUUUGAA